GCUCAGAUGGUCGAGCCAUUGUCUCGUCGCCCUGCCAGCGCUGCCAUGGUGGUCGAACUAGCGCAUCUUAUGGUGUCCACGCUGAUCCGUUUGCCAUUCGCAGGUCUAGGAGUUUAUCAACUGGACAAGCACGGCCAUGCUCACUGGUUGCAUAACGUCAUUGCAUGACAACUUUUGGAACCCUAACCUACCUAGAUUGUCCAGUCGGUGGCACUUUGAGCUCGUCUGGCGCGCCUCCUUGAGUAUCCAGUGUUUGGGAAGUGCUGCCUCUUCCGCAGCAGAGCGUUCGAGCUGGGCACCGGCACUUUUUCGCUCCAGCUCCAAGUUGCUGACCCCUGUCCCGCCAACUGUGGAAGGGCCACGAUGAGCGCCAGCAGGAGCCCCGUACCCCGGCUGGACAAGCUGGCCAGUGUCCUGGUUCCGGACGCACCCCGCGCUUCAGCCGCAGAGUCAGGGGACGAGUCCCAAGCCCAGGCCCGCGCCAGCUCAGCCAGCGAGGCAUCCCACCCACCUGCGCCAGACGCCCACCACAGCAACGCUGACCCGCGGCGCGGCUCCAGGAGUGAGAGGAAGUCCCCGCCCCGGUCACCCCAGGCUCGCCGCCAUGGGAAGACGUUUGGCGUCCCCAACUUGGCGCCCCUGAGCGCCAUCAUCUCUGGCGCAAAUGGCAGCCAUGGUCCGGCAAAGAAGCCCAACAGCCAGACCGGCAGAAUGAAAGCCGUGCUGCGGGAGAGGGCGGUCUCACGUGGGGUGCGCAGGGCAGGCUUGUCGGCGGACGCGGGUGCCACCUCAUCACCCGAGCCACAGGAGGCAGCUAGCCCUGGCGUCAGACUGCCCACCGAAGCGGCCCAAACAGCAGAGCGAUCAGGGGUGACUGCCAGUGGGGCGGACAGCCCCCCUCUCCUGUCUCCGGAGUCGUCGAGCGCCGCCAUGCCCGACGCCGCGCUGCUGCCCAUGGUCACAGAGGAAGACAUACAGAGAGCCUUCCGCUACUUUGCGGGGGGGAGGGCUGAAGACGAGUUCACGGACGAAAACUUGCUGGAGCGCUGCUCCCCCUUCUAUCCAGCGCUGACUGGCAAAGACGUGCGGUUGCUGAUGGGCCACGGGGCCAUGUCUGCCGACAAGCUGCGCAAGGUCGUCCACAUCGCCCGCCACCGGGACCUCGCCGCCUUCGACCCCAUCGCAGAGGCCUUCAAGGUAUUGGACCCGCGCGAGACGGGCCACGCGGACAUGGACGUCCUGGCGGACCUGCUCGCGCACCUGCCGGGCGUGCACCGCCUCACCGACGAGGACCGCAGGUUCCUGCUCAAGAUCUCGGACAUCGACGGCGACGGCCUCAUUAGCGAGGCCGACUUCCGGCGCUGCAGCACCUUCCUACCCCCGACCGCCCAGGACCAGGCCGUGGCACGAGCCGCAGCACUGAGGGCGUAUUACUAAGCACGCCGGCCCCGGCAAGAAGCGCCCCAGACUCAGGCCAUGGGGCGGGUGAAUUUUCGCCGAGUUCCACCAUGCUAGGGGGCGUGAGUACUAACGAUCUGGCAACGCGUUGCGCAGUUUUAACACUUGCAAUUGCAAGUGGGAUUGAACCAGCCUCCAUGGCCGGCGGACUCGAAUUGCGACAGUAGCUGGCGCACUAUUUCACGCUUAACUUAAGUAUCCACUGUCUGGGCCAGGCACAUGCCUUCAACACUAGGACUAUAAACGCAUAUCUGUAUGAUACAUAUAGCGGCACUAGAUCUAUCCUUGAAAAUGG